AUGAAGGAGGAAGACACUCCAGUCAAGAUUUCAAAGAUGAAAGAGCACACACAGGUCAAGGAGGAAGGAGUGGAUGUGUCUGUUACUCCAGACAUAAAGGCAGAUACUCCCAACAAUGCUGAAGUUCAGUUUGCCAAAUCAGAGACACCAAAAACAACCAGUGAUUCUGAGCUUAUCCUAUCCCCUCCUACAGCUGAUGUGAGUGUGAAACAAAGCAUUGAUGAUGAUGAAUGGAAUGAAGCUGAUAGAGCUUCAUCACCUGAUCAGGGUCCCAGCGUUGAAGUGAUUGUGAACCUGGAGCAGCCUGCAAGAGAUGAAAAAAGAUGCCGUUUUUGUGGCAAGAAUUUCCGCAAAGACUCUUCUCUUAUAUGGCAUGUAAACAGAACUCACAAAGGGCAGAAAGCUUUUAAAUGUCUGAAGUGCAACAUGGAGUUUGACCAAAGGUCACAGCUGGUGAAGCAUACAAGAAAACACACAGCAGUUAAAAAGUCAUUCAAAUGUGAUUUCUGUGAAAGAACAUUUUCACAGAACUCAAGUUGUAUUGUCCACAUGAGGGUGCACACUGGAGAAAAACCAUAUUUUUGUAAGAAUUGUGGCAAAAGUUUUGCUUACAGUGGUCAUUUGAAAUUUUGCAAUUUUCAGAGUAAAUUAAAGAGCCCACCAGAAAAAGUGAAACCAGAGGAGACUCUUAAAGAGGAGAAACGCUUCAGUUGCUCUGACUGCAGCAAAGAGUUUCGAUACAAGUACCAGCUUGUUGAGCAUAUCAGAAUUCACACUGGAGAAAAACCUUACGGUUGUGGGAUAUGUGGUAAAACCUAUGCUCACAUCUCUGCUCGAAAUUCUCAUCUGAAGGCACACAGUACAGAAAAACCAUACUUUUGUAAGAAUUGUGGUAGGAGUUUUAAGAGAAAGAGGCAUCUCCAAUUCUGCACUAGCAGAGAAAAGACAUUUCGUUGUGAAACAUGUGGCAAAACCUUUUACACAAAGUCACAACUGGAUGUGCAUUUUGAGGUUCAUGAGGCGUGGAAACGACACAUCAGAGAGAAAGUGCAAGAAUCUAAGUUAGAAGACAAAAGUCCAACAAGCCUGUAA